AUGAGCUUCAAUGAAUCGCCGUGGAUGUCAAGGCCACUCAUCCCUUCAAUUGGUGUAACUUCCAGUGUAGCGGAGUGUUGCAAUGGCUUUAUUUCAUGGUGGACCGGAACAGAGAGUGCCAAUGACGAGCAACAGGAAACGACGGCUAACUUGUUGGAACCUCUUGUUGUGGAACAAGCUACUACUCAAGUGAUGGACGAAGAGGAACGACUACAAACAAUUGAAUCCGAUUUGUUCCUUGAUGAGGUGGAAAGCAAGGAAGCGUCACCAGAGCAUUGCUCGGACAUUGAAAAUGCUCUAGUGACGAAUGACAAGGAAGGCGUACAUUCACAACUUGACAUAUUUGUUGAUGACCCUGGCCAGGAUGAAAUACAACCCAAUCCAUUGAUGGAAAUUGGUGGAUCGUUAGAACCUUUGGACUUUGAUAGUGAUAGUGCACUUGUGACUCCUCGUGAUAUAAGGAAACCUCUUCGCCCUGAAGUUUCACACGACGAGCCUGCUGAGCAGUGCGAAGCACAUACCACUGAAACUAUUGAACAAAACAUAUUCAAUGAUACUCACCAAGUGGGAGAGGCACAGCAAAUCAGAGCACCGAUUGAAAAGAGCUCGUCCGAGCCUUUGGAAAUUGAAAAUCAUCUUUUGGCCAAUAUGCAACCACCAGCUACAUUUCUGUUUGACGAUGACGACAAAGAAGCCGAACUUGCUAAUUCGAUAUUUCGAAGCCGAACACCAAAGCCUUCUACUCCUAUAGUGGAGUACGACGAAAGCAUACAUGCAAAGCGGGAACGAUCUGAUGGUUCAAAGCAUGAUGAGGCCACAAUGUCCGAUCUAUCAUCCAAUCGCACAGUGGUACUACUACCUACAGGAACACCACUUGUCGAAAAGCGAGUCUCGGGUCUUAUUGCCAUAUUCGAAUCACGCUCAACCGAUGAGGGCGAGAAUGUCACUCCCACAUCUCUUUGUUCGGCAUCUUCCUUUUCAGCACAAGAGAUGUCGUGUCCUUGUUGCAAAAAGAAGAUUUAUCCUACAGAUGCGACAAUUGCAUACCACGACAAGGUCUUCCAUGGGGGUUGCUUUAAAUGUCAUUUGUGCGAUCGGAAAUUCUCUAGAGGAAUGUCGGAAGUUGCCGGCAUGAUUGCUGCCGACGAGGAUGAUUCAACGUCUUCCAGCUGUAAGCUGAGCUGUACGAAAUGUCGGGACGACGCCGCGGUCAAACACAUUCCACUUCGAAAGUCAACACCAGCAUGCCAGUCAAUUACCAUUACGACUCCCGAAAAGGGGAAUAUCCAACAAGUAAAGGACGAAAUCGGUGAUGAUUUGGAAUCUGUCAUGGAUGGUAUGGUUCCUCGUUGUGCCAUUUGUGGAACUCACUUUUUGGGUGGCGGUGAAUCGAGUGACAUGAUGAUUUUGGGGAUGAACAAAUAUCACAGAAAGUGUCGAAUGUAUGGUAGACCCAUGGUAGAACGCUGUGAACGAAAGGUGCUUCCCAUUGUCGCUGCCAAUUACGCUCCCGAAUCUCUUGUUGUUCGCAUCAGCAAUACUGCGUCCUCGGAAUCUUCAACACAAGAAAUCAUGACAACAUUCUAUUUUAUUCUUCCCGACAAGGCUAUAGACUUGCAGCGAAUUCGAAGUGCGGAGCAGCCGAAUGAAAAUGUCCAUUUUGAAUACGUCAUGGAUUCGAGCGCCUAUGCCAAUCCAAAUUAUGAGGGAACCAAGAAGAACGCGAAAACGACUUUCCCAUGUCAUGGUGUUGGAGGUGCCGAGAGUCGUCUCUCUGUUGGCUUUCUAGGAGAUCCGUGUGGUUUGCCAAUCCAACUGGCUAACGCCAGAAUCGAAGACCGGGACGGAGACCAGGUGUUUUGCGCGGAAUUGGAAUGCUUCAAAUUCCAGCUGCGACACAGAUUUGAUUUGGUGAUGAGCACCAAAGAGGAAGUGGUAGAUUUGAAAACUGCCACGCUAUCCAUGCAUAUCGCGGGCUAA